AUGACCAAGCACGACCACGAUGAGCCACCUCGCCAGACUCUACGCGACCCUACCACGAGAAAACGAUAUCAGGACCCAUUAGUCGUGUUCGUUGUAGUUCUCAUCGCUUUCCUGGCCUUCUACCGCAUCUACAGCCCUUCCGCUACCAUAAGCUCACCAUCACUUCACGACAAUGACGUCGAUAUUCAGGUUGUCGAGACUUACAAUGAAGACCAACUUCAGGAGGUUGCUGCCUUGAUGGACGAAAUCUACACCAUGCUAGCAAAUGCCUCGUUCAUUCCGCAUGACUCUAUCAAGCGUGGCCCACACCAAAUCAAUUCUACAGCCAGUCCCUCCGACCUGUGCUUAAUGGAGAUCCUCCCAUAUGUAGACGUCCCACUACUCGACGAUGACCAUUGGUUAUGGGGUGGCACUUUUUUCGAUUUCCGGAUAGAUAAAUUCCUGGGCUACGGCUGUGAUCCUGACGAAGCAGACAAAGACCCUUCGUUCCUCAUGCGGCCAGGAAUGGUCCACUUGACCAAUGGCGGCUAG